GUGUGUUCAACAGGGCAGAUCUGGGGGGACAUGUCACAGCAAAAUGGGGUUUCUGCCUCUCUGGCGUCUAUAGAGACAGCGCCACCCACCCACGCAUUUCUGCGCACCACCACCACCACCACCACUUCGGGUUCGCUUUCAUCAGCGCCCUCACUCCAGCCCAUCACUGAUUCAUCCUCAGCAUUGUCCUCGUCGAAUACGACCCGAUCGUCGAGUACGCCGUCGAGAAGGGUGGAGAUACCGCGGCUUUCAGCGGCCACAACCGAAUUACUCGCACGAGUCACUGGAAGUCUAAAGGGCACACAGCAGAGAUAUGAUAAUAAAUUCAUCGGUUGGAACCCUCCAACUGGGAAUCGAUUUGUUGGAAACAACUUGAAUGGUUCUCGAACAGGCGCUAUGAGGGCCUCUUCGACUAUCAUCGAAUUGCCCACGGCACCAUUCACAUAUGCGAACAAUGCGGUGCCACCUGCGGCUUCCCCGAGUACUGUUACCCGGAGGUCUCCUGUGGAUCCUCCUGGAGGCCUGGUCAAUAUUGCACCAAAACCAUCGCCAGUGCCUCCAACUGCACCCACAAAUGAAUUAUCUGAAGUAUCAUCUAAUGGCUCUGUAUUAGCGCCGCCGCCGCCGCCGCCGCCACCACCACCAGUAACAGCACCACCGUCUAAAAAGCCCACGGCAGGAAGCUCUCGUAAUAGGAAGAGUAUCACGAAUGGGGCCAAGAACAAGAAGCGCCGCCGCAACAAGGACAGUGACGACGAGAGCGUCAUUCGGGCCGGUGAUUCUAGCAGCGACGAAUCUGAUGUUGCGCCGACAGCAACCCAGACCAAAUCUGGCCGACAGGUCAACCGACCCUCCUUGUAUGUGCCUCCGCCUUCGUUGCCGGCUGCUGCCAAAGAGACAAGCAACUCACUGGAGACGUCGGACAACACGCGUGGCUCUACGGCGGCAGCAAGUCGGAAACGUAAGCGCGUUCAACGCAGAGCGAAGGAUGUGAAUAUCACUUGUACCCGCUGCCAGAGGGGCCAUAGUCCUCUGAGUAACGCGAUUGUAUUCUGCGAUGAAUGCAAUGGGGCCUGGCACCAGUUAUGUCAUGAUCCUCCCAUCAGUGUAGAGGUUGUUACCGUCCAAGAGAAAGAAUGGUUCUGUGGAGAAUGCAAGCCUGUGCCGAUUACCAUUGUUCAGCCAACAGUUGUCAGGAGCAAUCCGUUCCUUGCGAAAACACAGCCAAUCCCUCAUCCGACUUCUUCCUUUACGGUGCCUCGAACUGAAGUAAGCGCGGGGAGCUACUCGGUCGAGGAACGGCGAGGGUUUCUAUCGGGAUUGUCGCAUGCAACACUUGUUGAGCUUCUUAUGAACAUAUCAGAAGGCAAUCAAAACCUGCCAAUGUUCCCCGCUAAUCUGAAGGACUGCCAGUCAUCAAACUUCUCAGUUCGUCCUGGCUCGUCAGCCGUGACAAGUACUUCUACCUCCGUCCAAGGGACUGUUCCGCAGACAAACGGUCUGGAAGCAUCUGCAACCACUUCGGAAGAAUCAGCUAGACCACCAACCGCAUCUGCACCGGAUGUCUUGACUGCUUCAUCUUCUCGAAGGAGAUAUGAAGAGUCUUCUGAUGAAGAGCCAGAGUAUGAGUUUCAAGAGCAUCGUCUGUAUCCACGCGCAGGCAACGGCUUCCGGCUACCUGUUGGGCUGGAUGACUUGGAUAUCCUCAGCGAGGAUCCUGCUUGUCCAACGUUCAGCUAUUCACUGCAUGGGCCUGCUCGAAUCCGAGCCCAGAUGAAACAAAACGUGCCAAUAUGGGGCUCGUGA